CGGAGGAAGGCGAUGACAGACAACUGAUUGAUGGUGCUGUUCUGUAGAACGGCGUCUCCAGUUAUCAUGAAGGAUCUCCUGAGACUCUUCCUCUUCUCUCUGCUUUUCAUGGAAGGAGCCUCAUUGGAAUGUGAAACUUGUACAUCUCAGACCACCAGUUGCUCUGGGAAGAGACAGAUGUGUUUACCUAGCCAAGAUACGUGCAUUACUUGGAUGACUGAAUCCACAAAAGGAAAUGUGCUCGCAGUCUCCACCACGAAGGCCUGCUCCACACAGGAUAAAUGUGAGGUUUUAAAACAUGGGGUCGCAGGGUGGUCUGGAAAAUCCAAGACCAUUGUUAAAAACGUUCAAUGUAGCAAAGCCUCGGUAUCGUACGGAUCCUUCUUUCUGGCCCUCUCCGGCUUCCUGCUUCUGAAGUUACUUUUGUAAGAUGCUCUCCGCUAGCACUGCAGUCCUGAACGAAGCUCCGAAUGCU